AUGCGAAAUUCUUUUUCCACGAUCAACAAACUGCUCGCUCCUAUUUUCUUUUGGGCACUGGCGCAUUACCACGCCGCUCUCGCACACCAAGCUUCUGGCCGCGUCGGCGCUGCCGUGCGCCACUUCCGUGCGGCGCUGGCGUUGCAGGCAUAUUUCCCGGCAGCGCUCUGCAGCCUCGCCAGAGCGCAGUCCUCCAUCUGCGAUUGGUCGAGCCGCGAGGCGACGCUCGUCUCGGUGCGAGCCAGCCUCGUGCGCCAGCUCGACGAGGGUGCCUGCCCGGCGCUGCAGCCCUUUGACGCCUUUGCGGUGCCGCUCGAGCUGCCGCUUGUCCUUCGGCUCGCACAGGCGCACGCCGCGGCCGCCGAGGCCGGCUCCGCGAUGGGCCUUCUGCUCGGCGCCGUGGCCGCAGGCGCACCGACUGCCGCCCGUGCGCUGCGCCGUAGGCUCUUUGCCCUCCACGACCGCAGCCGCCUCGAGGUGUUUUGCUACUCGCUGCGCCAGAGCGACAGGUCUGCGCCUCGCGCCGCUGUCGAGUCUGCAGCAGAGCACUUCGUGGACGUCUCCUCGAGCGACAGCGCCGCGAUCGCGGCUCGGAUCGCGGCGGACGGCAUCCACGUCUGCGUCGACCUCAACGGCUUCACGAGCGGCGCGAGGACGGAGCUCUUCGCGCUUCGGCCCGCGCCUCUGCAGGUCGGGAUGCUCGGCUUCCCGGGCUCGUCGGGAGGCGCCUUCCUCGACUACCUCGCGACCGACGCCGUCGCCUCGCCGCCGCAGCUCGAGCGCCUCUACUCCCGAGGCGUUUGCUCGCUCCCGUCGCGACGUGGCAGUGACGCGUCACUGCCACGCGACAGGCAUCUCUACUCGGAGGCACUGCUCCGGCUGCCGCCCUCGUAUGGUCUGCCCCCUCUGGGUGUGGUGUUUUGCUGCUUCAGCCAGCUGUACAAGGUGGACCCGGCGACCUUUGCCGCGUGGCUCUCCAUCCUUCGCCGCGUGCCCGGCUCCGUGCUGUGGCUGCUCCGCUUCCCUCUAGAGGGGGAGGCGGAUCUCUUCCUCGACACCCCGCUCUGCAACGGCCACACCACCGCCGCCGACGCGCUCUGGGCGGGGAUGAUCGCCGACGGAGGGAUCGGCGAUUACGUCGAGCGGGCGGUCAGGCUCGGCACGCGCCGCGUCGAGCUGCUCGCUCUCCGCCGCAAGCUGUGGGCGCGCCGCCUCUCGGCGCCUCUCUUCGACACGCGCCUCUGGACGCGCACAUGGGAGCACGCGUUGCGCGCUGUGUGGUUGCGGCAUUGCGCAGGCGAGCCGCCGGCCAGCAUGGACGUGCGACUGGGCGAGCUCGAGGCGGAAGCUUCCCACUCCCCGCCAGACGGCACGCCCCCGGGCGUUCGUCCCCCAGACCGCGUCCUCUCCGCUGGUAGGCAGCCGAGCUUCGCCGGGAGAAUGCAGCGGACGCAUUGGUGA